UUUUUUUUUUUUUUUUUUUUUUUGCUUCCCCUUUCCUUUCAACUUCAGAGCCGGUGACACUGUUUAUCUACCUCGGCCAUCUGAUUUCUCAACACACCGUGAACAAAUUAAUUACAGGGUAGGUACCUGUCAAUCAUCGUAUGGGAAACUCUGUACUUUUUCUUCUCCCCUUAUUACCUUACCCUACAUGCCAAUCAAAGUGGUGCCUUUACCCGCACGUAGCCCACCAGCGCUACAGUACAGUUCGUUUUGCCCGCUUGUUUGCUCUGGCAACCACAAAGAUUGUGGACCCCUAAUGGGCUCCAGACUUUUUUUUUUCUUCUCCUCCCUCCUCUUUUUCAGUGUCUUCUGGAGUGCAUCUCGGUUUUUUGUCGUACAAAAGCAACGACCGCGCGGGAAUUGACUCGCUAACGAGGACAAAAAAGGGUUGGGUUUUGUGCACAGAAACAAAUCUGUAAUGAAAUAAACGGCCUGCCAAAAUUUCCCCAAUUCCAAAAUUCCCACUUGGCCGAAGUCUUUUUCUCUUUGCCAGAGAGACGCUACCAACAAAGCAAAACCAAAAAGGCAAACCAAACCACGCUAGCUUACGAUCAGAUACGCCCUACUUUUACGAACCAUUUCAGUAAUGACCCAGAUGACAACCGAGCUUGGAUUCGACCCCGAGAUUUAGAAUUCCUCGCCCGAACGAGUACCCGUCAUCUUUUUUAGGUUCCUUUUGCAGGGUUGCUUCUGCUUUUAAGGAUUUCUCGGUAACCCCCGCGUUGUAUGCAUUGUUGCAACGACAUUGCAAUACAUCCACCUACCAACAAGUCACCUGGGACUUUUGUUUUGUGCUCUCCUCAGUCUCUCUUCACUCUGCCCGUGGGUAAUAUUGGAAAACAACUUGAAUUUCCUCCCCUUUCUUCCGCAAUUCAAUACAGCCCGCAAACAAUCCCACGUGAACCUCAAGCAAGGGCAAUUAAUGUUCUGGUCUGGAAUGUACCUUUUCUGAGGUCGUUCGCAUGCGUGGCCAUAACCGGGACUGCGCCAAGAAUCUCUCGACUUCGACUGCUAUGACUGGGGAGCUAUUAGAUACCAGCUUUGGCAACCGGCAAGCGUGGUCACCUUCUGCACAUUCCUCCCACAGUACACACUCGACGGCCCUCUUACCGAGCCCUGUAUUCGAAGCUUCAGACGAUCAGCAGAGCAGCGGAGCGUUCUGUGUACCUCACCCGGAAGAAGUCGUUUCCCCUCUCGAGGCAACAUUCGAGCAUAUCGGAGGAGAUUCAUCGCCACGAAACUUUGAUUGGAGUGGCUUUGGUCGCCGGGAGUCUUUCAACCAGAUAACUGGACAGGAAUUUGUAAAUAGCCGCAAGAGAACUCGCUUGGCAAGCGACUUCGAGACGUCUUUGUCUGACCCAGCCGCACUCAAACCACUGUCCGACCCUUCGAAUCGACUUCCAUUGUCGCAUCCUAACGGGGACGAGACGAUACCUCGACCCGAGGAGCCGCCGCUUAAAAAGGCGAGAAAGGUCCGGCGUCUCGCCGCCGGACCCGCUGACCAAGGGCAAACCAUAACACCGCCAUCCUCGACCCAUAAAAGGACAUCUCGGCGAAACCCCGCUCCCAAGAUCAACACCGAAAUCGAGACCAUGCAGGAUGCUCAGGGAUUCCAUGAUUUUGCCGGAACGGGCGCCCCGGAUCCAAACGAUAUGCCUGUAUUCGUGACCUCACCGGGUGACAUGUUCGGAUAUCCCUUGUCAGCGCCGGCUUCGGCGUCCCUCUUUCCCGAUCCAAACAUGUGGAAUAACACCGGCGGCUUUUCAGGUCUGGGCCUGGAUAUCGACUUUGGCGCAGCAGGCUCGGGCAUGUUGCAGGGCCAUCACACCUUGAGCCCAACUCAACAUAUUUCCAUGGACCCAUCAGGUUGGGACGCGACAGCCCAGAUGUUCCAGGACUCUAGCAUACAAGCCCAAGAUGGACAGCUUGGACAAACCCAGCCAGAUGUGCAACAUCAUACUCAACCACAGCCCCAGCCUCAGCAGCAACGGGGCGUUUCGCGUUCGCAGAACAAGCAGCAACGACCCACGAAACGUGAACGUCCAAUUGCACCCAAGACAACCACGUCAAGUGCCGACAUAUCGUUCACUGCAGUGUCCGCUUCGCUUCACCAGGUUUCUUUGGGCUUGGAUAGCACAGAACUGUACCAAGGAUCCUUUGACGACCCGUUUUGUAUAUCCCACACGGGUGAGAGCGUGAAUCCUGGUUUGCUGCUCAGUAGACCCUCAUCAGUCAACAUGGACGGCCCGUCAAAUAGAGCGCAGCAGCAGUCACAGGUCCCAGUGAGCUCGGCUUCCUCGGGUAUCCUCCGGCCCUCCUCUCAGGUGCAAGAUUUCGGCAUGUCGAAAGCGCCUAUGCGCGAGCUGGCGCCCUCUAGGCCGGCAAGCAGCAGAUCAAACACAGGGAACCCACCCGCAAAAACCAGCUUGGCUCGCCCCGCUGUUUCUCGAAGCUUUAGUGAACAUAGAAGCCAGAAGAGGACGGGCAGAGCUUCGGGAACCAACAAAAUGCCCGUUAUCGCACCAGCCACGCAAAGGCCCUUGCAACCUCCUCCUCAACUUCAACCGCAGCAGCCGCCACAGCGGCCUCGCAGUCGACCAUCGUCAACCGGUAGCAUGCGAUCUUCAGGCCGGUCUUCACCAUUCAAAGACCAUCAACAUUGCCGUCUGUCGAGCUUGAAUUCCAUCCCCGAGGCAUCACCCCAGCCGCAGCUCGCGUUUAGGCCGACACUCGCGAGGAUUACCAUAAACGCGGAUGGACAUGCCAGCGUGGAGAAGGUACUCCCAAGCAGACGGACACGCUCGGCGCGAUCGGCACGCUCUGCUCGCUCGGCUGAUGACGAGUACGACGACUAUGCUUCUUCGACCGAUGACGAGGAAAUUGUAAUUCCGGCCAAAUGCAGCAGGCCUCGAUCAUAUGCUCUCCCUGACUCUUUGGAGGUGUCCGGCUCCAGGCCAAGGUGGCAGGAGGCUGGCGGCCGGCUGUUGCCUCACGAGAUUUGUCUCCAGAAUGACGAAGAAAGCGAAGCUGAGACGGUGAUAAAUGACGGUGCUGGUGGUGCCGAGAGUGAACUCAGGAGAUUGAGGCAGCGACAGACGGCUAACCACGGCAGCCCCAAGAAGCUGAAAAUCUCGGCCACCCGCAGUUUCAGCGGACAUCAUUCACACCCUGCCUUGUUAUCCCCGGCGACAAUGACCGAGAUGAGCCUGCCAACGCCAUCGUCGCGAAACCGUGUUCGGUGCGUUUGCGCCGGCAGCCCCGGAGGCGAGCAAACAGUCGACGGACUUAUGGUGCAAUGUCAAUCGUGCGAGAUGUGGCUUCACGGAAAGUGCAUUAACGUGAACAAGCGCAACAUGCCGUCUGUGUACAUCUGCUCGUUUUGUGCAGAGACCCCGAGGAACCGAAGGAAUGUGGCUCUGGGAGCAUCUUCACCUCUGGCGCACAAGUCUUUCACCAAGUUUCGGUGAGGCAGUAUAGCGCGAUAUAGAACCAACAUGUGGGUCUUGUUCUUUGGCAAUAGUAUAUCUUUUUUGGUCGGCUCAUUGUGGCCCAAAGAGGUGUGAAUCCUCUCUGUGAUGAUCAUUAUAAGCAGACGUCCUCAUGAACUUGGACUCUGCUUUUCCUGAUUUGUUUGCCGGUUGUUUUUGGAGUUAAGGGCACAAUGCGGGCAUAGACACGCGGUCCAUGGGAUGACAUACAAAUGAUAAACAAUGGAGGGUGGCCAAGGCAAUGGCGAUACCCAAACAUAUACGUUGCAUGAGUUGGCUGUGGGAAUUUUGAACUUGUCUGGAUGAACGGGCAGCAAUGCAUAGCAUAUAGCAUAACAUGUCUAUAUAUAGUUGCCAAAGGUAACUGGGAUUUCAUCAAUCGUUUAUUGUAAGCUGCAA